AUGCCCGAUUACGAUUUCACGCCAAAACCGUACAAGGGUCGCCCUUACAAAGAAAUCGUCAACAUUCGUAAAAGAAAAACCUUGAAUUCUAAUACUGUUUACAGAAAACCUUUGUUGCUGCACCAGGGCAGCAUGCAGUGGGUAUGGGACCACGAGUGCAACAGGUAUCUCGAUAUGUUUGCCGGUGUCUGCACAGUCAACAUAGGACACUGCCAUCCGGUCAUGAUGGCAGCUGUCAAAUGCCAACUUCGUAUGAUGGUGCACUGCAGCACCAUGUAUCUGGAACCAAAGAUGCACGAAUUUGCAGAAAAGUUGACAGCAAGGGCCCCUGGUAAUUUGAAACAAUGUUAUAUAUUAAACACUGGUGCUGAAGCCAUCGAGAUGGCUUUGCUGAUGGCACGUCUUUAUACUGGACGUAGGGAAGUGCUGAGUUUGCGAGCAGGCUAUCAUGGGAUGACACCGGCUACUAGGGGACUUACUGCACAUGUACAAUUUAUGUAUUCUGAACCAGCUCGUCGUGCGACUAUUCAUGUGAUGAAUCCUGAUCCUUAUCAAGGACUUUGGGGCGGUAGCAAAUGUCGUGAUUCCAUCUGCCAAGUUAAAGGCAGAUCUUGCAAGUGUCCUGAUAAAGGCGAAUGUGUGGCUACCAAGAAGUAUAUUGAUCAGCUGAAGGAAACAAUAAAAUAUUGUGUUCCUUGUAAGGGUUUGGCUGGUAUGAUGAUGGAGCCAAUUCAAGGAGUUGGUGGCAUAAUUCUUCACACCAAAGGAUAUGCCAAAAAAGCUGCAGAGGUUGUUAGAGCCAAUGGAGGUCUCUUUAUGCUGGACGAGAUACAAACAGCUUUUGCUCGUAAUGGUAAAUCUUUCUUCCUCUGCGAACAACUCGGAGUGAUCCCUGAUAUCCUGGUAGUCGGCAAAGGAAUUUGUUCAGGUUUUCCUAUGUCUGCCGUCUUAACCACUCCAAAAAUUGCAGAAUGUCUUGGAAGAGCCAAAAAUAUUUCAACGCAUGCUGGAAAUCCAUUUGUCACCGCCUUGGCUUCGGUUAACAUGGACAUAAUUGACAAGGAUUGUUUGAUGAAAAAUGCAGACGAAGUUGGCACACACGCCUUGAAAAAACUGAUGGAACUCCGAGACGCUUUCCCUAAUAUGAUUGGUGACGUCCGAGGCAAAGGAUUGAGUUUGGGUAUAGAAUUAGUGGAUACUGUCAAAGACAAGGAUGGGAAAGAUCAAAAAGUGCCAAUGUGCCCCAACAAAGUGGAGGACAUGCAGGAGGAGGUUAAGGAUGAAGGAGUUCUUAUAGGCGUUGGUGGUGCCUAUGGUAAUGUUUUUAGGAUUCAACCGCCACUUUGUAUCGAUAAGGAAGAUGUCGAUUUUACGAUGCAAGUUUUCAAUAAAAUAUUCAAAAAAUAUAAUAAGAAGGGUCGAGAGGAUGAGGAGGUACAAACAGUGCAUCCUGGAGAGCUCGCUGAAAGUGUCUGA